AUGUUUAUGAGAAAAACGCAUGGCACGACGGCAUGGUAUGAUCAUUUAAAACGCGAGGCGAGACACACGGCCGCGUCGCACGUAAUUGUUCAACGUUGUGUGUCUUGUGUAUGCUUCAUUGUUCGACGUUUUUGUCAGAUCGACAGUUGUCGAAGGUUAUUCGCCAUCAUCAUCUACCACACGUUGUGUGUCUUGUGUAUGCUGUGUUUGAGCAUUGUGGACCGUUUUUGUCAGAUCGACGGUUGGCGAAGGUUAUUCGCCAUCAUCAUCUAUCACACGUUUUGUGUCUUGUGUAUGCUGCGUUUGAGCAUUGUGCAACGUUUUGUCAACUUAACGGUUGUCGAAGGUUAUUCGCCAUCAUCAUAUACCACACGUUGUGUAUCUUGUGUAUGCUUAGUCAUUGUUCAACGUUUUUGUCAGAUCGACAGUUGUCGAAGGUUAUUUGCCAUCAUCAUAUACCACACUUUGUGUGACUUAUGUAUGCUGAGUUUGAGCAUUGUGCAAGGUUUUGUCAGCUUAACAGUUGUCAAAGGUUAUUCGCCAUCAUCAUAUACCACACGUUGUGUGUCUUGUGUUUGCUGCAUUGUCCAACGUUGUGUGUCUUGUGUAUGCUUCAUUGUUCAACGUUUUAGUCAGAUUGACAGUUGUCGAAGGUUAUUCGCCAUCAUCAUCUACCACACGUUGUGUGUCUUGUUUAUGCUGAGUUUGAGCGUUUUACAACGUAUUUGUCAGAUCGACAGUUGUCGAAGGUUAUUCGCCAUCAUCAUCUACCACACGUUGUGUGUCUUAUGUAUGCUGUGUUAGUGCAUAGUGCAAUCGUUUAUGUCAGAUCGACAGUUGUCGAAGGUUAUUUGCCAUCAUCAUCUACCACACUUUGUGUGUCUUGUGUAUGCUGCAUUGUCCAACG